CAGAGCUGUUGCAGACAAAGUCCAGAAAGCCCAAGGGUUGCCCGUCAGAGCCGACCUACCAAGCACCCUUCUGCAGCCCAGCCGGUCUCCGAAUAGAAGAACAAAAGACAUUUUCUGCAGCUUCCUCCGGCUACUAAGGAUAUAGUCUGGAAGGACCGAACAGGGCCAUGGAUUAUCAGCCCAGCAUCAUCCGGGACACUAACCCCAUGGAAAAUCUGGAGAAGCAGUUGAUCUGCCCCAUCUGCCUGGAGAUGUUCGCCAAACCUGUGGUGAUCUUGCCCUGCCAGCAUAAUCUUUGCAGGAAGUGCGCCAAUGAUGUCUUUCAGGCUGCUAACCCUUAUUGGCAAAGUCGGGGAACUAACAUAUCCGGGGGACGAUUCCGCUGCCCCUCCUGCCGCCAUGAAGUCAUCUUGGACCGUCACGGGGUCUAUGGCCUCCAAAGAAAUCUACUGGUGGAGAACAUCAUUGAUAUUUACAAGCAGGAAUAUUCCAGCCGGCCCCUGAAGAAGGGAAACCAUCCAAUGUGUAAAGAACAUGAAGACGAGAAAAUCAAUAUCUAUUGCUUGACCUGUGAGGUACCCACCUGCUCCAUGUGCAAAGUCUUCGGAGCUCACAAAGACUGCGAAGUAGCACCCCUUCAAAGCGUCUUUCAGGGGCAAAAGACCGAGCUGACCAAUUGCAUCUCCAUGUUGGUGGCAGGGAAUGACAGAGUACAGACUAUCAUCAACCAGCUGGAAGAGUCGUGCAAAACCACAGAGGAGAAUAGCCAGCGGGUGAAGCAGGCCCUGUGCACGAAGUUUGAAGCCCUCAUCGCUGUCCUGGAAGAGAAGAGGAGUGAGCUGCUAGAGCGGGUCUCCAAGGAGCAGGGAGAGAAGGUGGGGUUUAUGCAGAACCUCGUCCAGCAGUACAAAUUGCAGCUGGAGACGUCAGCCAAGCUGGUGGAGUCGGCCAUUCAGUCCAUGGAGGAGGAGGCUGGGGCUGCUUUCCUCAUGAGUGCCAAGCAGCUCAUUAAAACAAUUGUGGAUGCCUCAAAGGGUGCUCAACUGGAGAAGAUUGAGCCAGGUUUUGAAAGCAUGGACUAUUUCACCAUAGACCUUGAACCCAUCACUGAAGCCUUGAGAGAGAUUGACUUUGAAGGAGAUGAGGAAGAUGAAGAAAGAAAUGAAGAAGAAGAAACAGAAGAAGAGGACACUCAAGCUGGGAAAGUAGAAGGCCCUCAGUAACAAAGAAGGAAAAUGAAUUCCAAGGAGACUCUCCAUAUACAGAUGGGAAAGAUUUGGGGAAGAGGACGAUGGAGUUGGGUGGGGAGGAAACCCAAGCUGAAUGCCCAGAAAGGAGCAGGGCAAAGUCCCAGCUGAAGAAGAGCCAAGGGGAAUGCAGCGUUCUUGGCAACUCAAAAAGAAAACUUGCACAAAGACACUUUUAUACAUGGGUGCAAAAUGGAACCUUUCAUACAUUUUUUAUGUUGUUGUUUUCGUACAUCAUUGUGAUGGCACUUGAAUUUUUUGUAAUGAAAAAUAAGCUUUAUUUUCUUUCAUAUUUUGCUUCAGGGCACCUUUCCGCAAACUGAAGCAUGUUGAUUCUAGGAAUUAGUGAAAGCAUGCCUUUGCACCAUGUAGAGCACAAGGGAUAGCGAAAGGUUUAGUGUUAGAUGCCAGCAGACAAACAUGUAAAUUAGUAAACUUUUUGAUCUAGCAAAAGGGAUCUGAUAAAGGGAUCUGAAGAUUCUCUGCCUCAGUGCUGUAGCUGAAUUAAAUGAUGUCUGUUGAUUUCUGUUGUAUAUUGUUACAAUAAAAUAAAUUCCAGUUUUAUCUUGAA